GAGACCAUUGUUGCUGUUUUCAUAUUAUUGUUCAACACGUCUCUCCAGGGCUUUGCCCAAAUCUCGGAACCCAAAAAUCUGCACAGCGAGCAUUCAGGUCAGGUCACUCGCCAUUGUUUCCGGAGUUUGAGGAAAGGGGAGCAAUGAUCAAGGACUCCAAGGGCAAGUGUGAGUCGUCGUCUCACAAGCUCUUGAAGGAAAAAGCAAAGACUCGCGUGGACUACCUUCAAGCUUUUCUGACCAAUCUCAAGAGUGUGACGAAGGAGAACCGGACUGAUGACAAUGCAACCUUGGAGGAAGUGAAUAAGAUGCUUCAGGAGUGGAAAGCUGAGCUCAAUGAGCCGUCUCCUGCGUCUUCUCUACUAGCUGAUAGUCUGGGAUCGUUUUCAGAGGAGUUAGCACGUCUCUUGAGAACUGAUGAGGAGGAUGAUGCAACAAGUCCAUUAAAGGAAUUGCUACCUACUAAGCCAGAGAGCGAUCUUCAAAACCUUCAUUUGGGUAAUUUGGUGCAAUUUACAGAGGAUUUUUAUGUUUCUCCGGAGCCUCAAGAAACUUUUCAAGAAUUUUAUCAAUGCGGAGACACUGCUUCAGGUUUCCAGAAUCUAAUGGUCGAUAACUCUGGUUUUGAUCAUCACUUUGAUUUUCAUCAAUAUGUCAAUGAAGGGCCAUUCAUUGGGGGGAACGAUGUGAAACAGCCUGAAGAGGAUGCUGCGCCAAGUGUUUUGCCAGUUAUCUCUCCUACAGAACCUUCUUUUUUGGGGCCAACAUGUGCUCUUUGGGAUUGUUCCAGGCCUGCGGAAUGUGGAAAGGACUAUUGCUGUAACUUUCAUGCUACAUCAGCAUUAGAAGAGGGUCAACCUGGAAAAUCUCCAGUUUUUCGUCCUCGUGGCAUUUCUUUAAAGGAUAAUGCACUUUUUGAUGCACUUAUUGCUUGGAAUCAGGGAAAAGCUGUGGGCAUACCCAAUUGUGAAGGGGCAGCUACUCUAAAAUCUCCAUGGAAUGACUCUAAGCUAUUCAAUCUUUCUUUCCUUGAGGGUGAAACAGUUAGAGAGUGGCUCUUUUUUGAUAAGCCUAGAAGGGCAUUUGGGACUGGAAACAGAAGACAGAGGUCAUUGCCAGAUCACAGUGGACGUGGUUGGCAUGAAUCAAGAAAGCAGAUCAUGAAGGAAUUUGAUGGGCAGAAAAGGUCCUAUUAUAUGGAUCCACAGCCCUCAAUUGAUCAGGACUGGCAUUUGUUUGAAUAUGAGGUCAACAAUUCUGAUGCCUGUGCUCUAUAUAGGUUGGAGUUAAAGUUUGGCAGUGUAAAGAAAAGUCCAAAAGGAAAAGUAUCAAAUGAGGUUGCUGAUCUGCAAAAGAAGAUGGGAAAGCUCACUGCUGAGGUUGCCACUGAUGGUGCAAACAAUGCCAAAGGGAAAACUAAGAAAAAGGCUGAUGCUGGCAAUAUUUUUUCUUCUCAAAGUCCGAUGACUUCAACUCCCUGAACUUUCCACUAUCUUGAAAAUGUUACCGUAAAGUAGUCACAAAAACCCGGAGUUGGUUCAACUUGCCACUAAUAUGGCUGACUAUUGUAGUGUACUUAGUUGACAAAACGUAUGAAAAGAAUCUAACUAUCUAUACGCAUGAUCAUGUAAAUGUUGUGUGGUCUUUUCCAGUGUUGGUCUAUUUUGGUGCUGGAAGUUUCGUCCCCCGUCCAUGCUAGUUUGUUUUGUGGGUAACGAGUCACUAAUGCGAGUAAUGAUGGUCACCUGAUUUGCUUGUCUGCCUGGUUAUGUGCUUUUGCUGCAUUGAAAGGAAUCUUGGUUCUUGUUUGGCU